UCGUUCUCCUUUCUCGUUUAGGUUUUUGUCUACGGAUAAUAUUCUCCAAUCUGAUAGCAUCAGAGGAUAUUCUCUUCCUCUCCCACACCCUUUACCUCCCCCUGACCUUUUUAUUCACAGGCUAGUCCUUCGUUUUCCUUCUCCCAAAAGGAAGAAAAAAACUCCUUCGUUAUCGGUACUUGCUGCUUCCGAAGUCCAGAGACUCCGAACAAUCAAAUCUUUCUGAGUUUGGUUCCUGUGUUUCUGCUACUAAACUGUCUCAACAUUUCCAGUAAAUCGCAGAACAGAAGACGGAAGAAACCCUCAGGUGUGAAAAGCGAAGGAGAGGAUUAUUUGAUUUCAUGGCGACCCCUGCUGUGUUGCAGAGAGAAGAGGACUUUCUUGUCUACUCUUCUAUUUUUGAUCCACCAAAAGGUGAAAAGGUCAAAUAUCGUGGAAACUUAAUCGAGAAGAAGAUCGAAUUUCUUGAGGGCUUGGCUGGAAAGGUCAGCAAUCGGCGGGCUCGCAGAUGGGUAAAUGAUCGCUUAUUGAUUGAACUUGUUCCUCGCUUGGAUGCAGAAGAAAUCAGAGGCCUAUUUGCUCCUCCUCCGUGGGGUGACAAUGUACCCUUGUCACCAUUUUGCAUGACAAAUACAGAAGAGUGGGAUGCAUUUAGGAGUGUUGACAUGGAUAAAGAGGUUUGCAUGAUCAAUGCCCUGAAAAAUUCUUCAUCUAAAAGGAAAGAUCGUGUGGAUGCUGAUAAGAUGGCUGCAGUAGACGCAUGGCGUAGAGUGGACUGUCGAACGAGAGAGGCCCUGCGGCGUAGUUACCUUCCAGAACUGAUUGCGAGCUAUGAGGAAUGUAUACGAGCAUUCAUCAAAGAUGGUGGAGAUGAAGACGAUCUUGUCCUGCAGAUUCAAGAUCCCUUUCAUAGAUUGUUGCUGCAUGGAGUGUGUGAGGUGGACGCGUUCACUGAAACGCCGUUUAAGGGAAACCCAGCGGCUGUGUGCUUCUUGGAAGAAGGAGAAGGAAAGGGAGAUGAGAAGUGGAUGCAAAAUGUAGCCAUGGAAUUCAAUAUUGCGGCAACUUGUUUCUUGACUCCGAUUUCGUCUACCCAAUCGGACACUAAUGACCAAUCUGUGCUGCGUUUCCAUCUCCGCUGGUUUUCUUCUGUAGCUGAGCUCAAGCUUUGCGGGCAUGGAACAUUGGCAGCUGCACAUGUUCUCUUUGCAUCUAGGCUGGCAAGAACAAAUGUUAUUGAGUUCGUCACAGUAUCUGGAGUUCUAAUUGUUAAAAGGGUUCCUACAGUAAGAAACAUGGAUGCGGCAAAGUUCUCAGAUGAUGAGCCAGAAGAGAACUUCUCUAUAGAAUUAGACUUCCCUACAGAUCCUGUGCUCGAGUUUGAAUCUGCAACUAUUCCAUUACUUCCUGAAACCCUGAAUGGUGCUCACAGGGUCAAUAUUAGUAAAACAGCUAAUAAGGGUGAUCUCAUUGUUGAGCUCUCAUCUGGAAAGACGGUUGCUGAUUUACAACCACAAUUGGAUGAGAUACGAAAAUGUCCCGGAAGAGGGGUCAUUGUUACAGGGCCUGCUCCCGAUGGUUCUGGAUUUGAUUUCUUCAGUCGCUUUUUUUGUCCAAAGUUGGGAAUUAAUGAGGAUCCUGUUUGCGGAAGUGCACACUGUGCCUUAGUGCCCUAUUGGAGCAAAAAGCUGGGAAAAUGUGAUCUAGUUGCAUACAUGGCAUCUCCUAGGGGUGGAGUACUGGACUUGCAUUUUGAUGAGGCAACCCAGAGAGUAUUGAUUCGAGGCAAAGCUGUUACUGUCAUGGAAGGUUCACUAUUGUCUUAGCUCCGGUCUAGCUCCCUCUUCCUUGGAGUUCUUUUUUGUAAUUACUACCAAUAUUUUGUAAUUUUAAAAGCAUGUUUUCAAUUCUAAUGUUAUUCUAUGGGGAGGCUUGAACCCAAGACCUUCCGGUAGCAAUGGGCUUCUGGGCAACACCACAAGCUACCAAGUUGUGUUUAUUACUGGACCCUGUAUUUGCAUAGAAUGAAUCUACAAAAUUUAAAAUCUAAUGUUAUUGGCUUCUCUUUA